CUCUCGUCUCUUCCUUUAGUAGCUCGGUGCAGAGGUAGCAGGAGCGGCGGGGCCGGAGUGGGCUGUUCACCAUAGCGAGAGCGCAGCGCACUGAGCCCCUUCCCCUUGGGACACUCACACACACGAGAUGCCCUCGGCUACCAACAGCACUAUGGCGAGUAGCAGCGGCAAAGUGGGGCCAGUGCCGGCAGGUAGCGAGGCCGCCCCGGCAGCGGCUCCCCCACAGGCAGUAGCGGCUGCGGGCGGCACCACUAGCUCGGUGCAGACCGAGGCCAUGAAGCAGAUCCUAGGAGUGAUCGACAAGAAGCUGCGCAACCUGGAGAAGAAGAAGGGCAAACUUGAUGAUUACCAGGAUCGAAUGAACAAGGGAGAGCGCCUUAAUCAAGAUCAACUGGAUGCAGUGUCUAAGUACCAGGAGGUCACGAAUAACCUGGAAUUUGCUAAAGAACUGCAGAGGAGUUUCAUGGCUCUGAGCCAAGAUAUCCAGAAAACAAUAAAGAAGACAGCCCGGCGGGAGCAACUGAUGCGAGAAGAAGCUGAACAGAAACGUUUAAAGACUGUACUUGAACUGCAGUUUAUUUUGGACAAGUUAGGAGAUGACGAAGUGCGCAGUGACCUGAAACAAGGAUCAAGUGGCGUCCCUGUACUGACAGAGGAGGAACUGACAAUGCUGGAUGAGUUUUACAAGCUAGUUGACCCUGAGCGGGACAUGAAUAUGAGGUUGAACGAACAGUAUGAACAAGCAUCCAUUCACCUGUGGGACUUACUGGAAGGGAAGGAUAAGCCUGUUUGUGGAACUACCUAUAAAGCCUUGAAGGAUGUUGUUGAACGCAUUCUUCAAACUAGUUAUUUUGAUAGUACCCACAACCAUCAGAAUGGACUGUGUGAGGAAGAGGAGGCAGCUCCUGCACCUACAGUGGAAGAUCCUGUAGCAGAAGCUGAACCUGAGCCAACAGAAGAAUACACUGAACCAAGUGAAGUUGAAUCAACUGAGUAUGUAAACAGACAGUUCAUGGCGGAGACUCAGUUCAGCAGCAGUGAGAAGGAACAGGCAGAUGAGUGGACAGUUGAAACGGUUGAGGUUGUAAAUUCACUCCAGCAACAACCACAAGCUACAUCUCCUCCAAUUCCUGAACCCCAUGCUCUCACUACUGUGACUCAAGCAGACCCUCUUGUUAGGAAACAGCGAGUACAGGACCUUAUGGCACAGAUGCAGGGCCCAUACAACUUCAUGCAGGAUUCCAUGUUGGAGUUUGAGAAUCAGGCUCUUGAUCCUGCCAUCGUAUCAGCACAGCCCAUGAAUCCAGCACAAAACUUGGAUAUGCCUCAGAUGGUUUGCCCUCCAGUUCUUGCUGAAUCUAGACUUUCUCAGCCUAACCAAGUUCCUGUGCCACCAGAAGCUACGCAGGUUCCCUUGGUUUCUUCUACAAGUGAGGGUUACACAGCAUCCCAGCCCAUGUAUCAGCCUUCUCAUGCAACAGAACAACGGCCACAGAAAGAAUCAAUUGACCAGAUUCAGGCUUCAAUGUCUUUGAGUGCAGACCAAACCCCAGCAUCGUCACCACUUCCUACUGCACCCCAACCACAGGUAUUCCAGGCUGGGUCUAGCAAACCUUUACAUAGCAGUGGAAUCAACGUUAAUGCAGCUCCAUUCCAGUCCAUGCAAACAGUAUUCAAUAUGAAUGCACCUGUUCCUCCUGUCAAUGAACCAGAAACCCUAAAGCAACAAAAUCAGUACCAGGCCAGUUACAACCAGAGUUUCUCCAACCAGCCUCACCAAGUAGAACAAUCAGACCUUCAGCAAGAACAGCUCCAGACAGUGGUUGGCACCUACCAUGGUUCCCCGGACCAGUCCCAUCAAGUGGCAGGUAACCACCAGCAGCCUCCACAACAGAAUACUGGGUUCCCACGUAACAGUCAGCCUUAUUAUAACAGCCGGGGAGUGUCUCGUGGUGGAUCACGCGGCACUCGGGGCUUAAUGAAUGGAUACAGGGGACCUGCCAAUGGGUUUAGAGGAGGGUAUGAUGGCUACCGCCCUUCAUUUUCCAACACUCCUAACAGUGGUUACUCGCAGCCCCAGUUUAAUGCUCCUCGGGACUACUCCAACUACCAACGGGAUGGAUAUCAACAGAAUUUUAAACGUGGCUCUGGACAGAGUGGACCACGGGGAGCCCCUCGAGGUCGUGGAGGGCCCCCAAGACCCAACAGAGGGAUGCCUCAAAUGAAUGCUCAACAAGUGAAUUAAACUAAUCCACAGGAUUAUAUUAAACGCCAAAAACACACUGGCCAAUGUAUCAUACAUGUUACCAGAAGAGUUAUUAUCUAUUGUUCUCCCUUUCAGGAAGUUCAUUGUAAUGGGACUUUUUUCAUUACCCGUAAAGACAGGACUACAGUUGUCAGCUUUAUAUUACCUGGAUAUGGAAAGAAACAACAUUUGCUCUGCAUGUUCUGUCCUAAGCAUCAUCUUGAGCCUUGCACAUGAGAUCCAGAUUUGUUAUUCUUGCUAUGAGUAAAGCAAAAAAGGCAAUUUCAGGGUGAUCAAAUCUCCAUGGUUAUCUGAAGUGGCAGGAAAAAGCAAGACUGCCUCACUUCUGACAUUCUAUAGUGAUGCAACAAAUAAAAUCGGCAAAUCCCUAAAGAUUUUAUUCUGAUGGCAGUUGACAAAAUUAAACUUUCUCAUGAAAGAAGGAUGGAAGAAGUGAAGUGUGGUUUGGCAGAGCAACUGCAUUUCAGCUUUUUCAUGUUAAAGUGAAGCACUGAACAGUUUAAGAUGCAUAAUGAUGCAUAUAUCCCUAACUAGACAAAUAAGCUGACAGCCAGCUUUUGAUACGCAAGACACACCCUUAGCUACAGCAUUCUCCAUCACCAGGCUCAGUUUACUGUGGCUAAGAAUACAUAAAUUGCUUUUGUGUAACUCCUGAUAUAAUUGUAUAAGGUUUUUUAACCCUUCCCCCUGCCAAAAAAAUUAGCUUUGAUUGGCACUUUAAAAAUUUUGCAACAAAUAUGGGAUAUAAUCUGGAUGGCCACUUGUAUAUUUGAUGUGAAGUAUUUAGAUCUAUCUCGAACAUAUUUAAGUUUCUUUGAUAACAAUGACUUUUGUAAGGAUUGGUAUUGUCUUUAUCAUUCCUUAUGACUUGCACAUUGUCUGUCACUAAUACUUGACCUUGCUGUAUUAUCACCUAAGUAAGGGAUACAGGUACUGAUGGAAAUCUCUAAUGGAUAAUCGUAACACUUUUGGUCACAUGUCCUUUUGUCUUUCCUGCAGCCUGAAGGUUUUAAGAAAUCUCAAAUGCCCGCUGCUGCUGCCCUUUUAAUUGCUAUCUUUUGAAAAGCACCAGUAUGUGUUUGGAUCGGUUUCCCCUUUUAAGGGAAAUGACAGCCAGCAGUUACAAUUCUAACGGUAUAAGCAAGACAAAUAAAACAUGUUUAUAAAAAUUGUAUUCUGGAACAAUGGUUUUCAGCUAUUGAUGCAAACUUAAUGUGAUGGGGAUAGACAUUUCAUAAGCUUAUUCUCUAAUUCACUUUACAGAUUUACAUAAGUGUUUUGUUCCCUUUUAAAUUAUUCUAGAAGUUAUAACUCUGAUACUUAUUAUCCGUUGGCUUAAUCCAUACUAAUUGGAUUAACUGGGAAUUUUUUUCUUUUCCAUUGAGACUUUCAUGUUCGUUAAAUCAACAUAUGGUGUAGAAGAACUAGCUUGGGACUGAGAGGUGGGAACUCAUAAAUCCUUAUCCCAUUUUGCCACUCACUUCCGGUAUGAUCUUGGUCAGAUUGGUUGAUCUUUGUGCCUGUUUCCCUAUCUAAAAUGGGGAGAAUACAUAGGUACCUCAGUAGAGGUGUUGAGUACAAAUGCAUUUUAUAGCACACUGAAGAUGUGAAGUGUUAUAAAGGGUCAUAUUAAGCAACAGCCACAUUAUAAAACAGAGAAUGUUUAAUCAUGAGGUAAUGGUAUUGCUUUUACUAAACCAAACUGAAGGGUUUGCUGUCAUUUGGAGGAUGUUUUAUACUGUGUCAUGACAGUCCGAAACUUUUUUGACUUUAUUAUGAAAGUCACAUGUAUCGAGUUUGGGACUUUCAUUUUAUCAUGACCAGACUGUAAAAACUACAGAAAUUAAUUAGAGGUAUUGUACUUACUGGGAGACAUCACAGUUAUGUGGAAGCAAUGGUAAAUAGUCAUCUUGCAAACACAUUAGUUGCUUGGGAUGGCACUUUUUUUUCCUGAGCAAUUAAAUGAUAUACCUUGCAGUAUGAUGGCAAGUCACUUUUGUGACCAUACAGCAAACUGCUGCUGGUGCAGUCCCAUUUAGUCGUCUGUUGCUAUUUCCUUACAGUUGGAAAAAGAUAAGCUUUUUAAUGUUGCUUUUUAGAAAAAUAAGGGCGUCUUCUCAGUGUUUUUGUGUUGAUCUGUUUAUAAAUAAGUAGUAGACAAAUAGCCAUUCAGCUUUCUGCUGCAUCCCAACUGACUCUUAAAUAAUUUUAGUUUUUCAUUGAACUUACAACAUACUUAACUGAAGGACAUUGAACAGAUCAGGACAUUCCAUUUUCCAAAAAUAUGGGCAUAUCCAUUUAUUUUCAAUUAUAUCAUUUAAGUGAACUAAUAAAAUGGGGGUAAUUGAGACCUGUUAUUUUGAGGUGUUAUCUUGUGAGCUUGUGUGUGAGAAUGGCCAUUAGAUAGUAUAACCCUUCUACUGUAUGCUAAUGAUACAUAGAAAUGUACUAUAAUCAUCUGUAGUACAUAAAACAAGUGCUUUGAAAUA